AUGGACUACCGCGACACCCGCUCCUCAUCCCGCGCCCAGCUCAAGUCCAAAGGCAAGAAGCGAAGCCAGAACUGGUACCACUAUAACGACAUCAAAGGCUACCAUGGAGGUGGCGCCAAGGGGCUGAAAGCCGGCCGACACAACGCGGUUGGAGUAUGGAGGACUGAUGCUGCGGUCGACCACCGAGGGCUUGAAGAUGAGAAAGAUAUCUCGGCCAACGUCCAGAAACGAGAAAUGUUGUCUGACACCGCUCCUGCUGCUGAGCAGAGAUUUGUCGAGGAGUAUGAGAGGGAGACUGAAGCAUAUCUGAGCCGAGGGUGUUCUGUGCGGUUGGGCGAUAUUGAGCUGUUAGAGAGGCUAGAUCAUGGGGAAAGGUUUGAGGGAAGUAGUGUUUGUGAUUCGGUUGAGGAGUGGCUGGGUAGGAUGGAGGAAGGGUUGGAGAUGCUGGAGCUGUCGUCCUCAUCCUCCUCUGUAGGGUCGACAUCAGAUGAUGGUUGGGCUGUUGUGCCGGAACAUGGUCGAGGCCUCAAUCUUGGUUGGAGACGAACGUAG